AUGUCCAUGGUGCCAAGCCAUGGAUACUACCGGUAUGCCCCCGCGGAUCCUCUAUUUCCUCACACGGUGAUCAACUAUCGCCAAUUUCAUUUGACUUUGUCGGACCAGCUGUUCGGGGUUGUAGCGACAGCGAUGGACGUUGCCUCUCCGGAUUCCGACCGACGAGCUAAGUUACCGGGAGCCACUGUGCGCGUCUCCCGCGACCAUCAAACGGGUUCCGCUAGGGAUUUCCCUGAACCACUCUUCAUUGGCGGCGAUCUCUCUGCCUCGACUCGUCUUGGCACACAACCCGCUUGCACCUCUUCAUACGUCUUUGGCUAUCUUCUCCUGGCAUGA